AUGGCAAGAAGGGGAUACUAUGCAGUCCAGAAUGGACGUUCCAAUGGUGUAUUUGACAGUUGGGAUGAAUGCAGGUCCCAAGUAAACGGGUAUAAUGGUGCGGUUUAUAAGAAAUUCAACACACUCGCGGAAGCUCAGGCUUUCUCUGGGAGCGGCAAAAGUGAUACUGGCUAUGGAUCCAAUACCACGUUUCCCAAUGGUGAUAGGGGCUCUUCUAGUUAUGGGUCCAAUCCUACUUCUUAUCGCGAGCGCUCCCCUAGAUCUUCAUCAGGAUCGUACGGAAGCUUGAGAUCCUACAACGGAGAUCGUAAAUUUUCCUAUGCUACAGAACACAAUCGUAAGCCGCAGAAUUUCACAUCUUCGCAAAAAGAACACUAUAAUAGAGCAUCACGCGGUUCGACUACCAAUUCUGGAGGCCAAAAGUUUUACGCCGUGAAAAGCUCCAACCCCAACGUUGCGGACCAAGUCUUCGAAACCUGGGCUGAUUGCCAACGUUACGUUGCUGGCAAAGGUGGUCUCUCUUAUCGGAAAGUGGCCAGCAAAAGCGAUGCUGUUGAUUUUAUCAACGGUUCCAGUUCCAAGGACUAUCAUCACAUCGGUAUUCAAGAGAGAGAAUUUACGCAACGUUAUAAAAAAAAUAACGCUUCAAAUGCCACAAUUGAGCAGUGCAAUGUUUAUUGUGAUGGGUCUGCUUUGAGCAAUGGACAGAGUAAUUCGCGUGCUGGUUAUGGCGUCUAUUUUGCAAAUGGUCAAGAAGAUAACAUUUCGGAGCCAUUAACAAGUGGUGCACCUACUAACAAUAGGGCUGAGAUUUUAGCAGUGUCUAGCGCUUUGGACAUAAUUUGGCACAAUUUGUCCGAGAAAGAGUCUUUGGUGAAAUACCAAAUCAAGACUGAUUCUGAGUACGUUUCAAAGCUGCUCAACGAUCGCUACAUGGGCUACGACGAGAAAAAAAUGAAAGAGUUGCCCAAUGGGGACUUGGUGAAACCUUUGAUUCAAAAAUAUGCUAAAGUUAAAAAGUUUUAUGAAGUGAACGAGAGUUCGUUUGGCGAUGCCAAGUUUCGGAUCGACUGGGUUAAGGGUCACGCUGGUGACGCUGGCAAUGAAAUGGCUGAUGAACUCGCGAGACAGGGUGCAUGCAGGGCUUAG